AUGUCUCAUCAAUCUAUAUCUCUACUGAAAAAUCUCAGUAAAAUCACUACCGGGUCAGCAGUUCAGACCCGCUUCACAACAUAUAUGCCUAGACCCGUUACGGUUAUCCACAGCAAUGUGACAAACGCGGUGCACCAGGUGUUGGAAGCAAUGCACGCACCGGUCUACUUUGAGACAUAUGAUAUAAUGGGAAAUAUGAAUCAUUUCCCGCGGGAAGUGGUGGAGUCGAUACUGCGGAACAAAGUGUGUUUAGAUGGUCGACUCAAGACCUCCUUGUGUGCUGGUAAAAGAGAGGAGCUUGACCUUUUUGCAUCUCUUGUCAACUGCUUCAAUCUGAACGGUCAGCCGAGUCGCCACCAGAAGGUUGACAUUGUGGUAAUCAGAGAAAGCACGGAAGGUGGAUAUGCAGGGCGUGAGCAUGAAGUUGUUCCCGGUGUCAUUGAGAACUUUCAGGUGACAAUGACAAAGUUUUGGUCGGAUCGUAUCGCAAAGUAUGCUUUUGAAUAUGCUCGACUGAGCCAGAGGAAGAAAGUUACAGCAGUUCACAACAAGGGAAAACUAGCUGAUGCAUUCUUCUUGAAAUCUUGUCAAGAAGCUGCUAAAUUGUAUCCAAGCAUCACCUACGGCGAAAUUUCUGUUAAUAAAUGCUGUUUGCAACUUGUAGAAAAACCAGAGCGGUUCGACAUCAUUGUAACUCCGAAUCUCUACGGGAAUCUAAUUAUAAACAUUGCUGCUGGUGUUGCUGGAGGAGGCAGUGGUGAGAUUAUGCCUGGAGGAAGUUUUGGUGCUGAGUAUGCAAUCUUUGAGCAAGUUGGAUCAGUGGGAAACCAUAAAAGUCCGGUGGCAUUACUGUUCUCUUCGGUUAUGAUGUUGAGACAUCUCCAGGUCCCUUUAUUUGCAGACCGGCUUAAAACCGCCAUGAUACGUGUUGCCACUGAAGGAAAGUGUGGAAACAGUGAUACUAGCACACAGGAGAUUGUUGAUGAUGUAAUUGCAAACAUGGAUUGAAUUCAAAAACCGAGUUUUGUAACCAUAUUUCUUCACAAGUAAAUCGAAUGAAUGGGUUUUCGAAAUUCCAAUGAAAAAUGUCUGCAAAUAAGUAUUCUUAAUACGUUUUUGGGUUGUCUUUGUAAAAGUUGUCAUCUCUGCUCCAUGUAAAGAAAAAAAAAAGGUUCAUAUUUCAGACAAUGUAAUUUGACUCUCCUACAGCUAACUAUAUGAUGUUCGUCAUCAAAGCCCGCUGUUUAGAUCAGGCGCAAGCUAAAUGGUUUGCCUUGCUCAGAAACAAACUGUCCGCUAUUUUUAUG